CGUCGCCAAGCGGGAAGCAGAAAAGCGGGCAGAAGUUGAGAAAGAGGAAACGGCUGCCAAGAGUUCCAUCAUGGCUAAUGGAGAUGACAGGUGUUGCCUUAAGGAAGUGCUGCAUAUAUUCCAGUCCUGCCUCACCGACCAGAAGGAAAUCUUAAUGGAUCCAUACAUAGCAGGCUGGAAAGGUCUAGUCAGGUUUCUCAACACCUUGGGUGCUAUCUUCUCCUUCAUUUCCAAAGACGCGGUGGCCAAAAUCCAAAUUAUGGAGAGCUUCCACAGCAGCGAUCAAAAGGCCCAAUAUGUGACGCUUCAGUCCAUGGUGAAGUACGAACUUGCCAGUAACCUUGUGGAUUUGAAAAAGCCAGGGGACCAGUCCCCCUCGGGCUGCCGGACAAUCCUGCGCCUCCACCGCGCUCUCCAUUGGCUGCAGCUAUUCCUGGAAGGGCUGAGGACCAGCACCGAAGACUCCAGCACGUCGGCCCUGUGUGCAGAAGCGUACAACGCCUCCUUGGCCAACCAUCACCCGUGGAUUAUCCGCAAGACAGCUCUCUUGUCCUUCUACGUCCUCCCGAAUCGGAACAGCUUCCUAGAGCUGAUGAACGUGGGCACCCCAGCAGAUGCAGUGGAAAUGCUGGAAGAGGCUUUGCCCAGCAUCUCCAAGAUCUACGACAUCACGCAAGCGUUGUACGCCCAGCACAACCUCCUUGACAUCCCAUAAUAGAGCAGGCCCUUAAUCCAUGUUUUUCUAAGCAUCAGAGAUUGUGGCGGGCACAAUCACUCAUACCCAUAUCUGCAUAGGUACAGGGGCCAAGCAGGCACCGAAAUCCAAAGCUUUUCACACUCCGCUCUGUCAUAAAUCAGGUUUUCUAUAGACAUAAGAUUUCUGGCACCCAAAUGCCUGUUUUGUUUAAUUUAUUUCCAAAGAAAUACGGCCUAUCUCCUGAUCUUUCUGCACUCCAGUUGAAAACAAUCAUCUUCCAUUCAUUUUUUUGAAGUGUGAAUGGCAGAAAUAGCGACUGAACUUCUCAGGGCACAGAUGGCUUUGGGCCUGAAAGCAGCGUCUUGCUGCUCUUUGGUGUAAAUUGUGCAUGCUCUUGUCAAUCAAACGUCGUGUAAUCAAGGAUCUACAGUAGUCAAAUCAAGCUUUGCAAAGUCAGAUCUUCACAAGAAAUUGCUAUAUAUUCCUUUUUUUAAAGUAUGAAAAUAGGGAGGAUUAUGCUUGAGGUGAAGGGGACUCCCAUAAGGGUAUGAUCUACAGGCGCAAGAGGGGGAAGAUCCCACAGAAAUUCUGUUGGGUCCCUCGGCCGUACAAAGCUGCCUGACGCCAUGGCGAGCCAUGAGUCCAUUCCUCCACCAUUUGCAGCUCAUACAGAGGUCGCACCACUUCCACUCCUUAGCGUUUGCUCUGCUUACUGGAGGGCCAAGCAAAAUUCUUUCCCAGGCCUUUUAAUGCAAGGUCCUUUUUAAAUUGGCAAUGCCGGGGAUUGAAUCGGAGACUCCCUGAAGGCAAAGCAGGCCCUCUGAACAUUCAAGCUCUUGCUCCUUGUUUUCCCCCUGCUGCACAGUGGGGUGUGAAGUUGUGGCACCUAAGCUAUUACCAGGAAGGCAGUGUUCUUUUGCAAUUCACAGAAAGCUAUCUAGACCUCUGGCCCGCAAGCUGCCGCCGCGAAGAUUAGGAGCAGUUCUGCAAUGCCUCCAGAGGAAUAGCAAUGCUGGAUAAUUGUCUGAACUGUGGAUUGUCUUUCUUGAUUGUGUAAUUGCUGGAUAUAUUAUUGGCUGUGGGAAGGUAAGGAUUAGGUUGGAUUUGAAUGAGGGCUAUUUAUUGCCCCCUUGGGCAAAGGUGACUUCAUCUACUUGAUCUUCAGUUCCGGACAGACCUGACAAUCUUUUUUAUUUUUUUUUUAGUAGAGCAAGAUUUGGGUCCAGUCGCACCUUAAAGACCAGCUUGAUUUCCAAGGUAUGAGCUUUCAAGAGUCCGAUCUCUCAAAAGCUCGUACCCUGGAAAUCUAGUUGGUCUUCAAGGUGCUACUGGACCCGAAUCUUGCUCUUUGACUACAGUCCAACACAACUACCCACCUGAGUGAUGGGUUAGUGUGAUGGGUGCUUAGAGGGUGUUCACGAUACGAGCAGCUGUUACUUUAAAUAUGACUGUCCACAGAACUCGAGGCAGCUAUUCAAAACAACAGAUCUGUGCAAAAAGGCUGUGUCGGUAAGAAAAACUUUAGCCCAUUUUUUAAAGAUGGCCGGGAAGCAGAAAGAAAAAUCAAGGGAACAACCUCGGCUGCCGGUUCAGCAAUGGGCCCUGUAGCAAAGGCCUUCCGGGUUAAGGCAAAAGAACGCACACAACAAACUGCUGUGAACAACCUCCCCCCACCCAUAAAACCCCCCACAACUGAUUACCUGAGUCAGUCAUCUGACAUAUGAUAGACAGCUGUCAGUCUCUAACAGAAAGCACCAUUCCCUGUUUCUGCUGCUUUAUAUCUAACACUUUCUGGUGCUCUUUUUAGGCUCCUGGCCCUUCUUCCCGUUUAUCACCAUCCGAUUUCCCUCGACCUUUCCUCUUUCGAGGGCCCUUCCUGCAUUUCAUAUCCUCCUAGGAGGUCAUGCACUGGGCUAAAAAUGUGCCAUUUCCUGAAUUAGAAGCUGCUUUUUAAAAAGUAAUUAUGAAAACCAUCUGGCUUUUCCAUUGCUCCAAGCAGCAAAGAAAGCAACUUUCAAAAUAGUUCUUUCUAUCGAAACCUUCAAUCCAGAGCUGACGGUCUAGAAAUCACUGGGCUUUAGUCCCAUUGAAGUUCAUUCAGUUUGACUCACAACGAACUUCUUCCCCUCUCAUGGGAAUGAAACACUGCAAGCCUGUAUAUAUUUACACAGACGCAACUCCCGUUUUAUGCAGUUGGGGUUUACUCCCAUGCAGUGUGUUGCAGCUUUCAGCCUGUCCAACUAUCCCUGGAUUGGAGGUCAAGUAACUGCAGCUUGUUCUGCGCGGAUACCUUCUUAACUGCUACUGAAAUAUUCUUCACUCUCGUAGCAAACCUUUUCCAUUAGAAAAGCUUUCAAUUUUUCAAAGUAUGCUGUAAGUUUUCUACAUGUUUGCAUGCAAAGCUGCCAGCCAGUCUUUAGACACUCCAAGGUGUUCCGUGUAAGGGAUAUUUUUCACCAUAUGUCUGUUCCACUGGUUUUUCACUUUAUUUACAAAUCAAACUGUUUACCGUCAUUGUUUUAUGUCUGUCACACGUGCCUAUUUCAGCUGCCUGUGCUCUUGGCGGCUGCUGGGCUUAUUUGCACUGUAGUCCUGCGGGCUGGAUUCUUGUGCUGUGAUUGAAAAUUAUAUAUCUAUCACUUGGGUUGCAAUAAACG